GGUCGCGGCCCGGCCCACCGCCAUCUUUCGCCGCCGCCAGAAAAGGGGGCGAGAGGGAGCUGGGAAGACGCCGCUUGCUCUCUUCUCCCUGCGAUCCCUCCGCUCUCCUAAAAUUUUCCCAUCGUUCGAUUUAGUCCGCGAUCCGAAGGGUUUCAGGAGGCUCAGCACAUUGAUUUGGCUGCUUAAGACAGGGAUUGCUGUAUAAGCGUCAGGAUUCAUACCGCUAGUAGCCUCCUUCGUGAGUUGCUGCUAACGGUAGAGGCCAGUUACAAUCUUCUGGCGUUGCUGGUCUUUUCUUCGAAGGUGAUGGUAGUCACGACCUAGGCACUGGGAGCUCUAUGUCGGCAAACCGCUGCUCUGGUCUUGGACCAGCUUCUAGUGAUAUUAACCAAAUACUCAACAGCACGGGAAACACCUCUGGUCCCAGUGUUGGUGCAAGCUCCCUCGUCACGGAUGCCAACUCAGCACUCUCUGGCGUUUCUCAGUUGCAAAGAAGCACAAGCUUCAAUAACGAGUCAUAUAUGCGGCUCCCUGCCUCUCCCAUGUCUUUCUCCUCCAACAUAUCGGGUUCUUCCGUGAUGGACGGGUGCUCCAUAAUGCAGCAGAACUCUCUUCAAGAACAGGUGCAGAGGCAGGGUCUGUCUACAGCGACAUCUCAGCUUGUGAAACGAGAGCCCACUGCUUCAAUGAACGCACAAAAGAGAGCACGGCUUGAUGGAAUGGAUGAUGAUGCCCUGCAGCAGCAGAUAAUCCAACAGCUUUUGCAGAGAAAUGAGUCCAUGCAGCCACCGCAAGGCCUACAAAACCAGCAGCUGCAAGCUAUUUUCCAAGAGCAGCGAUUAAUGCAACGUCAGCGGCAGCAGCAGCAGAUGAUUCACUCUCUUUCUCAGAUGCAAAGGCCCCCUAUCGCUCUUCAGCAACCACAACAGCUGCAUCAUCUUAUGCAGCCUAAUCUUCACCCAAAUAAUUCCGUCAAACAGCCUCUUCCUUUUAAUAAUGGGAUAUGUUUUCGCAGGCUUAUGCAAUACUUGUACCAUCUGCGACAUCGACCAGCAGAUAACUCUAUAUUGUACUGGAGGAAAUUUGUGACCGAGUACUUUGCACCACGAGCUAGGAAAAGGUGGUGUUUAUCCUUGUUUGAUAAUAUAGGCAACCACACACUUGGUAUUUUCCCGCAGUUGGCCGUGGAUGGAUGGCAAUGUGAUGUUUGUGGUUCCAAAUGUGGAAAAGGAUUUGAGGCCACUUUUGAAGUAUUGCCCCGUCUUUUUCAAAUUAAAUUUGAUCAUGGUGUUGUGGAUGAAAAUCUAUUUCUCGACAUGCCACAUGAGUGCCGGCUGUCUUCAGGAAUAAUGGUAUUGAAGUAUGAAAGAGCUGUUCAUGAAAGUAUUUUUGAACAUCUACGAACUGUUCAUGAGGGACAAUUGCGGAUAAUAUUUACACCAGAACUUAAGAUUUUAUCCUGGGAAUUUUGUGCACGAAAACAUGAAGAAUUUGUUUCUCGUAGAUUGGUAGCAUCUCAGGUUAACCAAGUUCUGCAAGUUGCUCAAAAAUAUCGAACAGCUAUGACUGAAAAUAGCAGCGCUGGAAUUUCACAUCAAGAUUUGCAGUCCAGCUGCAAUAUGUUUGCAGCAGCAGGCAGACAGCUAGCAAGAAAUUUGGAUUUACAAUCAGUAAAUGACUUGGGUUUCUCGAAAAGAUUUGUCAGGUGCUUGCAGAUAGCUGAAGUUGUUUGUAGCAUGAAGGACUUAAUUGAUUUUAGCCAGGAGCAGAAAGUUGGGGCGAUUGAGUGUUUGAAGAACUAUCCAAGACAUGCUGCUGCAAAGCUCCAGAAACUGAAGGUGGAGCCAGAGGAGUCAAUGAGUUCUCAUUGUUUGACAGGUGAACCAUCUCUGGACAAGGUUGUAGGCAACCAUCCAGGCCUAAGCGGUUACAUAAAUAAAAAUCUCACAGCUAGCCAAGUUAUAACCAACAGCCAGCAGAACAUAAUUGCGUUGAACAACUACCAGAGCUCGCUGAGGAAUCCGUCUAAUUUAAAGCAAAAUGUGCUCUAUCAGGAAGCUUUGAGUUCUCCAAGAGAUUCUAAACACACACAGCCAGUCUCGAUUCAGGGUUCUGGCUCAUCUUCUCUGACAAACACCUCCAUGAAUAAGUUACCCGGCCAACAGCCACCUCCAUUUGAUAGUUACAUGGUGCAGAAUAAUGAUUCACAGACCUCGCAGAUAAACCAGCACAUACCACAGCACAUGCUUCAGAAGAUGCUUCAAGAAUUGAGGAACAAGGGAACAGAACUGCAGCCGUUCAGUUCUCCAAAUACAACUGCUAAUCACACAUCUGGAAACUUAAUUGUAGGCGGCGGCACUUCAUUCCGAAAUGGAAUAGAGCUGCAAAACAUGCCAAAUAACAACCUUCCUAAUAACAAUAACCUGGUGGCAGGGCAAAGCGCAAGCAACAGUUUCAAAUCCACUACCUCCGCCAACAACCCUUCGAUCAGCAGCAGUAAUACUAACUCAAGAUCAGACUUACCUGAGAAUUUGGAUCUGCCAGAGCUCGAAAAUAUUGCUCAAGAAUUCUUGUCCGAUGACAUGUUUGAUGGGGAUUCUUGGUGAGGUUAGUUAUGGUCGGAAUGUGGAAGUUGUGAAUAACUGAAAAACAUGUAACUGAAAAACAUGACGACAAUUCUGAAGUGCAAUUCGAUAUCUACAUAUACUACCGUAGAUUUGAGCAAAUGACUAUGUUAUCCAAUAUAUGCAGAAAAUUUAGUGUGUUUUCCCCUUA